AAAAAAAUCUCAAGUGACACAGUAUUGCUUAGACGGUGGAUAAAGAAAAAUUCACAAAGUAUGUCGCAGAUUACAGACAAAGUAACUAAUUGGUUUGAUUUGUCUUGGACUUCCAUGGAUCAUACCGAAUGUGAACCAUGUAAUUUUGUGUAAAUUUUUCUUUCUCUGGAAAACCAUGUAAUUUUUUUUCUAAUUAUCCUUUUAUAAAUACAGUUGCCCUAAUGUUUGAAGACCUGGUUCCAUUAUUAUGUACCGUUGACUCAUCUCUGUUCCUGAAAACAUUUCAAAUCAUGCCUGGUAUUUCCAUUGGCAUUCUCAUAUUGCCUCCUUAUGAGAAAAAGUCUGCUGCCAAUACAAGAGACAAUUCCUUGGUGUUUUUUGUCAUCCAAGGUCUAGUAACCAUCACAGUAAAUGGGCAUUCUUUUACAGCCAAAAAAGCUAGCCAUUUCAUGGUCCUGCAAGGUUAGUUAGUCUUAUCAUUAACGUCAUAUUAAAUAUUAAUAUUGAUCCAAUGCAAUCAACAGAUAGCAUAUACCAGUUUGCGAGCGAAUCUGAUAGUGACACUGUGAUGUACUUUGUCCAUGUUAUGCAUUAAAUGACUUGGAGUGAAACCAAGCGAACCAGGCCAGUGUGUGGGGAUUUGUAAUUUUUUUUUUCCUUUUUAAAAAAUAUACUAUUUAAAUAAAUAACCAGUAAGCGAUCAAUAAAGCUGGACAAUGAAUGCCAAGGGUUCUCUGAUGUCCGUCAAUAUUGGCUACCUCCCUCAUGAUGCUAACCAAACUAAAAACUACAGACUUUCCACUUUCGAAAGAGUGAUCAUCGGCUUUUGAGUCCGUCAUUGAUCUUUCAGGUAAAGCACGUUAGGUCAGCUCUUCCUAGCUAGAUAGCUUACGGAUAGCUUAU